UUUUAAAGAAAACACUCUUUUACCUACUUGGUGCUGCAUAUGAUAUAUAUAUACAGACACACAUAUAUACCUAAACCCUAUAAAUACCUCAGAGAGAAUUCUUGUUCGACUAUAACAAAUUUCAAUCCCUUCUUCCAUCUCUCUCUCUCUCUCUCUCUCUCUCUCUCUCUGCUUUGCAAGUUAUCCUGUUCCACACAUAAUAAGGAACUUAUUGAAGCAAAAUACAGAAACAUGAUGUAUAAUGAUUAUGGUACUACUACUUUAGAUGAGUACCCAUUGUCGACAUGGAGGACGUUCAAUAGCUCCACGGCCACGGCCAGCGCCAGCGCCACCGCCACCGCCCCCCUCUUCCUUAAUUGCUUCAGCCAUUACUGGGGCGACCUAUCUUUACAGUUUGACGACUCCGAGGACAUGCUCAUCUUCAACUCCCUCCACGAAGCCCUCCUCUCCGGCUGGUCCCCCUCCCCCGCCCCUGUUGAUUGUCCAUCACCGCCUCCCCCUGUUGUUCAUGAUCACCCACAAGCGGCAGUGGCACAGCCCCCAGCUUCCUACAGCUGCUGCAGUACUUUCGAUGACCAAAACUUUGUCGCUUUCAGCCAGGACAUAAUUAACCAAUGCCCGUACUUCCAACCGGUCGAUUAUUACGGCGGAACUGCUGCUGUUGCUGUCACUGCCAAGAUUGAGAGGCAUUACCGGGGUGUGAGGAAGAGGCCAUGGGGAAAGUUUGCGGCAGAGAUACGUGACCGUGCAAAGAAUGGGGCCCGGGUCUGGCUGGGGACCUACGAGACUGCCGAGGAGGCGGCUCUAGCUUAUGAUCGGGCAGCUUUCAGAAUGCGUGGCUCCCGAGCACUGCUCAACUUUCCCCACCGCAUCGGCUCCAAUGAGCCAGAACCUGUCAGGGUGACGGCUAAGAGGAAACAGACUGGCCCGGCUUGUGGCGGCCUCGCCCGUACUCGUAGUAAGAGGAAGCCGACCGUCUCCAUCGGCGGCGGCUAAUGAAAUUGGAACGAGAGAAGGCUGCGUCCAGAAUGGCACGAUCCGGGGUGGGCCUGCCAAUGGGCCUUUCUAUUAAUAACAUAAUAAUAUAAUAAAUCUCCCUUUCAACCGAAAAAAAAAAAGAAAAAGAUCUCCCUGGUGGGAUUGCAUAUUUCGCAUAACAUAUAGACAUAGUAUAGAAAGUUUGACCGAGAAGUUGGAAUUUCUUGCAUAUUAAUUUCGAUUUGAUUUUUAUUUGGGUGGAAGAUUAGAUUGGUUAUUUCGUAUGGUCGUCUCUGUUUAAUAAUCAAAUCGUCACAAUUAGUGAAAGAAAAUGACGAUUCAUACUACUGUCGAUAAAAUUCAAGAAAACAAAAUAUUAAUUUUA